UGUAUAUCACACACUCAAGAAGGAUUUAUCAAUUUUGUUGGAGCUCCAAACUGCCAUGUGAUAGAGAAGAACCUCCAGAAUGUGGUCCUCACCAUGUGUGUUCUGUAUGGGUUUGUGUGUGCAGUCCUGGUCUUCAGUUUCUCUGUGGAGUGCUUUUGGUUGGGAGUCCAGCAGCAGCAUGGUAGCAUAUCACAGACAUCUGCACGACAGGAUGAUAUCAGUAGAUUGGAACCUGGACAAGCAGAUUCUGAUGAUGCUAGCAGCCAGACUGACCGGCCAGUGCGGGUUCUUAGGGUCCGUCGACACGUUUCCUUAGAUAGUAGCAGUGGACACAACUUAACCAGACCAAUCAGCCGUACCAGCAGUCUGAGUGGCGUGGACCUGUUAUCACAGCAGCUACAUCAGCAGCUAAGGGAUGGUCCAACCAGACAUGCACACCACAGAAGAGCAAGGGCACGAGCAAGACCUCGAAGGGUGGCUAGCAUGGACCACAGACUGCCCCCUGUUCAUAGGCAAGUGGUGCGAGCCCACAGUUUACAGACCCAAGGUCCUCACAGAAACACUGGUCUCCCUCCUAUGGGACGCUUACAGUCAGGACAGUCUGGAUCACUGGGUUCCCUGACGGCAGCCUUCCCCCUGGGCUGGCACUAUGGGAGGAGGCUGUCAUACGUGGCCACAGGACAGAGUUCAUACCUAGCCACUGAUCCAUCUAGUCCUAGUGCUAGAGGCGGCUCUCAGCUGUCCCUAGACAUGUCAGACCAGCUCACAGCACCUCCUGACAGACAGCCAUUUUCCUUUGACCCACCGCCACCCUACAGUCUGGCACCUCCGUAUGUGGAUCAGCCACCUAAGUACUGUUCGGAUGAAGCAUUAGGUACAAGUUCAAAUCCACUUACAGAAGAGCUGGAGUCUGACAUGGACAGGCCACACACAUCACAGGUUUCACAAGCAAGGGACAACUCUGAUGACCAGGUACAUGAUUCAGGACAGCAACCAAUCAUGACAUCUCCAGCACCUGAUGGAGCAAGAGGAGUUCAAACAGGUACAGCUGAAGACUGUAGGAUAGAACUCACAAGUGAGGAUACUUCAGUAUUAAGAACUCAUGAUGAAAAUAGCAGUGAAUGUGAGCCUCCCCAACCGCAGCCUUGGGGAUCACGGGACAGCCUUAGUUCUCUUUUACGGCCCAUGGUCAGACGAAAGUCAGAUAUUCCAACUUCAAUUGUCUAGUUCCUGUCAAACUGAAGCACAUAUCAAUAUCAAUACUGGCACAAACCCCAAUGGUCUACUUUUUGAGCAUAGAAACUUGCAGAAAUAGACCCCAAGUUCCCAUUGUGUCCACACCAUGAUUGAUAAAAUGUUGUGUUAUCAAGUUUUAUUGCGCUCCAGAAUAUAACUUUUAUUAAUUUACUAAUACGAAAUAUUACACUUACUUGAAAGAUACUCUGCAAGAACUAGUUUUUACUUUUUUAUGCUUUUCAUAAAUACAUUACUCAUAUUUAUUUUUGUACCAUUUAUUGUUAUAUUUUUAUACUAGAUAGAUCUAUCUUCCAAUUGUAUCACUAUAUUUAAACCUCUGAUUGGCUUUUGUCUGAAAAUAUGAAGAUGUGUUUUCCUGUAUUUGGUGGCCUUAUGUGCCUUACGGCACGGGAAGACCUAAGGUAAGGUAAGGUGGUCUUGUUUGCUUAAAGGGGAAUGUUAUACACUGCAGCAAAUAAAUUUCAGUAUUUCAGCAUAAUUACAUUUGGUGAUUGAAUCACACUUGUCUGAAGAACUCUCCAGCUGUGCUCAAGUCUAGGCUACAGGUGGUACCUCACUGCACUUGGGGCAUCAGUGCAGCACAGUGGGGCUCGUUCACUGCGGCACUGUUGUGUUAUUUUUACCAUUUUUCUAUAAUUCAGACAUUGCCUAAUGCAUAAUAUAUAAAAGUAUGACUUGGAAGACAACAAAAUUUUUAAAAACUUAUGAAAAUUUGUUCAUCUAAUAUUCAUUGAGUUAUCUUUCAAACUCUGCAGUGCUGUACUGGUGCCCCAAGUGCAGUGAGAUACCGCCUUAAUGUAAUAGUCUCUGUGCUUUCAAGUACUGUGUAUAGUGUUUUCUUGUUAACCUUCAGCCUGCCUUUUGAUACCAAAUUUGUAUCGGUUCCUAGCUUAGGUAGCAGUGAAAAAGGUUAAAAAAUAGCUAUCGUCUAACAACCACCAAAUAUACCAAACCACUCUUUCCAAAUAAACCAAGCCACACUUUAUUGCAAUGAAAACUGGCUUUGCCCUAGCAAGAUCGCACAGUAGUCACAUAUGCUUGUCACUUGAUGUUUGCAAUCAUGGAAAUUUCCUUUCCCUUCAAGUAAAGACACACUUGACUAGAUCAUCAGUAUUGAAUGCAGGACUGUCUAUCUGAUGGAAGCAUCAUCAGCAUGAAAUAUUUACAGAGCACAUUCAGGGUACUGUUACAUUGGUAAAAAUCACUUUCUUACAGACCGUACAAGAUACAAACUACUCAAGAUACCAUCCUUGACAAUCCCCUGCAAUGUCAUCUUAGUAUUUCCAAUAUUUGUUCUUGGUAACCACUUAUGCCUCUACCAAUGGGCAGAAGUCUUUGUGAAAGUCCUUUUCAUUUGUUUCAUUAAAAAAAAUCAAUACGGUAAAUGACUUUCAUCAGGACUGAAUUCAUUUCAGUUUGCGAUGGUUGUUUCAAUUCAACCAGCUUGCUUCAAUCCAACUAGUACAAUCCAACCAGUUUUUGCUUUUUCUUCCUAGUAUUUCUGUGGGAUAAAAAGUAUG